UGUGAAUCAAUGAGAUCACAGUAUUUUUCCUGAUACAAUUAUCGCGUUGUGAUCUCGGUGUUAAGUUUUUGUGAGGGUGGUUCACAAAUUACUUCUUGUUGAGUUAUUUAGCUUAUGCGUUGUCUUUACUCUCAGCAAAUAAAUUCAGUUUUAUACUAAAAAAAUACUGUCAGCAUCGACUUAAUCAGUCUUUGUGUUUGAUUGCUAUUGUCUGUUGUGAAGAUGGCUGACUGCACGGAUAAUGUUGCAGUUCCUGGACUGAACAACUUACUACAAAUGGAUCCGUUUCUGAAGCCGUUUGAAAAGGACUUCACAAGAAGGUACACUCGCUUUAAUAAUAAGCUGAUGUCCAUUGAGGAGGCUGAAGGAGGCUUUGAUAAAUACACACGUGGCUAUGAGUCCUUUGGUGUGCACAGACAGCCUGAUGGUAGCCUGUAUUUCAAAGAGUGGGCCCCAGGAGCAGAAGCUGUGUUUCUUGCUGGAGAUUUUAAUGAAUGGAAUACUUCCUCUCACCCUUACAACAAACGAGAGCAUGGAAAGUGGGAUCUGAUUGUUCCUCCCAAAGUAGAUAAAUCUCCUGCUGUCCCCCAUGGAUCAAUACUCAAGGUUGUUAUACGUAGCCGAAGUGGCCAGCUACUUUAUCGAAUUUCACCCUGGGCAAAAUAUGUGGUUCGUGACGACAACAAUUUGAUUUAUGAUUGGGUGCACUGGGACCCACCACAACCUUAUAUGCACAAGCAUUCUCGCCCCAAGAAACCACAGAGCCUGCGGAUUUAUGAAUGUCAUGUGGGAAUAGCGUCCCCUGAAGAGAAAGUGGCAUCUUACAGCAACUUCACAUACAACGUUCUUCCCAAAAUAAAGGACCUUGGGUACAACUGUAUUCAGCUAAUGGCAAUCAUGGAGCAUGCAUAUUAUGCCAGCUUUGGUUACCAAAUAACAAGUUUCUAUGCUGCAUCAAGUCGCUAUGGAAACCCAGAGGAGCUGAAGGAACUUGUGGACACUGCCCACUCAAUGGGCAUCAUUGUACUGCUGGAUGUCGUCCACAGCCAUGCUUCCAAAAACACUGAAGAUGGUUUAAAUCAGUUUGAUGGCACUGAUUCUUGCUUCUUCCAUUCUGGAUCUAGGGGAGAACAUGUUCUGUGGGGCAGCAGACUUUUUGACUACUCAAACUGGGAAGUUUUAAGAUUUUUGCUCUCCAACUUGCGUUGGUGGAUAGAGGAGUAUCGGUUUGAUGGCUUCAGAUUUGAUGGAGUGACUUCUAUGUUAUACCACCACCAUGGCAUUGGUACAGGGUUUUCAGGUGACUACAGUGAAUAUUUUGGUCUACAUGUGGAUGAAGAAUCCCUAGUUUAUCUCAUGCUGGCAAACCAGAUGCUUCACAGUCUCUGUCCUGAUUACAUUACCAUAGCAGAGGAUGUUUCAGGAAUGCCUGGUCUAUGUUGCCCUAUAGAAGAAGGAGGUACUGGGUUUGAUUACCGCUUAGCCAUGGCUGUCCCUGAUAAAUGGAUACAGAUACUUAAGGAGCUGAAGGAUGAAGACUGGAAUAUGGGCAACAUAGUGUACACAUUGACAAACAGACGAUAUGGCGAAAAAUGCAUUGUAUAUGCAGAAAGUCAUGAUCAGGCACUUGUUGGUGACAAGACAUUGGCAUUCUGGUUAAUGGAUGCAGAGAUGUAUACAAACAUGAGCAAGCUGUCUCCUUUGACUCAAGUCAUUGAUCGUGGAAUACAGCUUCACAAAAUGAUCCGUCUCAUCACUCAUGGACUUGGAGGGGAGGGCUACCUGAACUUCAUUGGUAAUGAAUUUGGUCAUCCAGAGUGGCUAGAUUUUCCAAGAAAAGGAAACAAUGAAAGCUACCAUUAUGCCAGGAGGCAAUUUCAACUUGUGGAGAAAGAUGACCUCCACUAUAGAGAACUGUAUAACUUCGAUAGGGAUAUGAACAGAGUGGAGGAGAAAUAUGGCUGGCUCUCUGCCCCACCAGCCAAUGUGAGCACACAGCACGAAGGAGACAAGAUCAUUGCUUUUGAGAGAGGGACCGUUCUCUUCAUUUUUAACUUCCACCCAUCCAAUAGCUACACUGAUUACAGAGUGGGAGUAGAGAUGUCAGGAAAAUAUAAAAUUGUAUUGGAUUCGGAUGAAGCUCAAUACGGAGGCCAUCAAAGAUUGGACCACAACACAGAAUUCUUUACUGAAGCUGUCCCUUACAAUGGCUGUAGCAAUUCAGCAAUGGUUUACAUUCCGUGCAGAACAGCAAUUGUGCUUGCAAAUGAGGAUCUUUCUCAUUAAUGAUUGGGCUACGAUGACUGCUGUAAAAGGGAAGACAAACCUGCAUUGAAUAGACGUGUUAAGCUGCUUAGUUUAAUUUGGAAAUCUAUGUGACCUUCCACGAAAAAAAAAAAUCAAGUAUGCAUUGAUAGGUAUCCUGUAACGUUUGAAAUGUGUCAGUACAACAGUUUGCUUUAAACCUUGCAAUUGUCCUUGUAAAGAAUGCUGCUGUUUUAUUGUUGCCAUCUAAAGAAUGUCUCUCAAUUAUGCAAUGGCCUAGCUCCCUAAUGAAUGUGUCUCACCUGCACAUUCACCCAUCCAUGCUGAAUGUUUCAACAUGAGAGUAAUGAGCAACCUGGCUCUACAUAUUAGAAAUCCCUAUAGUUUGGGUUAGAAAAUGACCAGUAUUAAGAUUUGGCCUGAAAAUAGAUACCUUAAACAUAUCUAAAUUAAAAUUGUUAACUUGAAUUUAUUGGGCUUGCUUCCAGUGUUCAGUUAAAACUACAACUAUCUAUACCGUUCUAGUUUUAAAUUAGCAAACAGUGCUGUCAUUUUUAGCAGGAUCAGAGUUGGUUACUGGAUCCUUACAGAUUGAAACAUGUAUUGUGAAGGAGUUGAUUUCAAUGUGUCACCAUAAUGUGGGUUGGAAUGAAAAUUCCCCUAUUCGGCACUGGCUUUGAAACCAGUGCUUAAUAGUGGAGUUUCCAUUCUAUCCCAUGUUAUGUUGAUGCUCUGUGAAAUAUAAUAUUCAUCUAAGUAUGCUACUAACCUACAGGAUAUAAACAGAAAUAGAACAGAAACUAAUUUAAGUCCACUGAUACAACAUAUAAUACCUUAAAGAAGGACUUUUUUUUUUUUUUACUUAGAAGUAAAACAAACAUCUUUGUCAUCAAGAAAUGGGUGAUGUAAACCUAGGUUUGGUAGGUAACAUCUAUUAGGUAUUGGUUUGAAUUGUAAGUUUAUGCUGUACACUUUAGUUAAACCAGUUUUCAUUAACACAAGAGGACAAUGGGUUGUGUAUUCUUUGCCUUUCUAUUGCUGAGUAAUGCUGUUAGGGGUGAAGACAUUUAGAAAUCAGUCACAAAUUAUACCUAAUAAUUAUAAAAAGGGAAAUUGUACCUAAAAUUUAAGAACAUAUAGUUUUGUAUAUUAAGUUAUGUUAAGUAGUGUAAAACAAAAAUAUAUGAAAAGCUGCUUUUUAUUUUGUUUUCAUUUCAUAGUAACUUUUAUUCAUUCAAAGUUGGCUCCAUGACACAGAUACGUGGAAAACCAGUUUUGAUCUUAUGAUAUUCAACUUUAUUUUGUUUCAUUGUCCAAGACUGAAAACAGAAUUGCUCUAAGCUUGUUGUCCUUAAGAUGAACAUUUGUUUCCUGCCAAAUGCAAAUAGUAUGGAAAAUAAAUCAUAAGCAUUAAGAAAAAUAAUUACU